AUGGAUGACGAAUAUGAUGCUCUUAUUAAAAAUAGGACGUGGGAGUUAGUUCCUCGUCCACCUAAUGUGAAUGUUAUUCGUUCUAUGUGGAUUUUUGCUCAUAAAGAAAAAGCUAAUGGUGAUUUUGAGAGGCAUAAAGCCCGUAUUCUUGAUGUUAAAAAUGCAUUUCUUUAUGGGGAUAUUAAGGAGACUGUGUAUAUGCAUCAGCCCAUAGGUUAUCGGGAUCUAACUCAUCCGGACUGUGUGCUUGUUGCGCAAGUCCUUAUAUGGCCUCAAACAAGCUCCGAGAUCUUGGAUAAAGAUAUGGCCUAUUUGUUACUGUAUGUGGAUGAUAUUAUUCUCGCUGCUUCUUCAGAUGAUCUCCGCUGUUCCAUUAUGACCCUUCUUGGUUCGAAGUUUGUUAUGAAGGAUUUAGGUCCUUUAAAUUAUUUUCUUGGAAUUGCUGUGACUCGUCACAAGGGUGGCAUGUUUCUUUCACAACGUAAAUAUGCUGAGGAAAUUUUUGAUCGUGCCGGAAUGUCCUCCUACAAGCCAUCAUCCACCCCGGUUGACACCAAACCAAAAGUCAGUACCUCCACUGGUGAGCUUUAUGCUGAUCCCACUUAUUUCAGGAGCCUUGCUGGUGCUCUGUAG